AUGAACAGCGAAAGCAGUGAACAGAGCGAGAGCAGUGAACAAAUCGCUACUUCAGGGAUACCAAGAGGAGGCCCGAUUUAUCUGCCAAACAUGGUGGGGCAUCUUUCUACUGUUGACGAGUUCCAGACUUCUUUUCUCAAUCUACUCCAGGAUUUGGAUACCCACUUGUCUCUGGAAUCUCCUUCCUCUUCUCAGCAAUUUGAUAUCUCAACUGACACCCCGAAGAUUUACACGGAGGAGGAGCUCACAGAUAUGGCUAUGAAGGAAGCUUUUCAGGAAGAUGACCUUUCUCAAAAUGAGCUCGAAAAAUCUCUGGAUGCUUCUCAAACAGAAGAUCCAUCAGUUGGGAAGGGAGGAACGGCUAAAAGGAAGAGAGCAGUAAAGAAGACGGUAAAGAAGACAGUAAAGAAGACUGAGGAUGCUUAUAUUGCCAAAGUAGAGGAGCUUGCUAAACUCAAACAAAAGCAGGAUGAGGAUAAAGAAGCUGUUAGGCUACACUGCUUCAGCAAAACCUGUGAAAACGGUGAAGAUGUAAGUACAUCUCCAGAAGGUCUUGAGCAGAUGCAGUCUCUUAGGUCCAUAGAUAACUAUGCGUCGGUGAAGCCAACAGAGAUUCAAGGGACGGUGGAUAUGCUAUUUCCUGAAGUCAUUCUGUGUGUUGAGAUUUAUAACCUUCGCAAAGUAAAGUCCCAAGAGUUUUUGGUUCUAGGACGUCAAAUGUUGACUGAAUUAAGGGACAAGAUACACUGUCUUACAGACCAUGUGAUGGAAAAGGCUGGAACGUAUGAUCCCUCUGGAUACUUCCUCAUAGAAGAUGUUUUUCACAAUGAUUUAAGGAACCCCUCGGCGACAGAUUACAGCAGACCUAUAUUAGAGUGGCUUUGGAACUCAAAUGAUGAAGCUCUCAAAAAAUGGGAAUGCAUUUUAACCGGAGAUUCACUGCAGAAGCAGAAAGCUGUUCUAGGUGAAGCGAAACCCAAGGAUCUUCCUCGUUUUGUAUCUGCAGACAUGCAUAGUACACGCUUCUGUGAUUUAAGAUUCAGACUCGGAGCUAGUUACCUUUAUUGUCAUCAGGGAGCUUGCAAGCACAUGAUAGUGAUACGGGACAUGAGGCUGGCUCAUCCAGAGGAUCUUCAGAACAGAGCGGCUUACCCGAGAGUCGUGUAUCAAACGAAACCGAGGGUUCAUAAAUGCUGCGUUUGCAAGAUAUAUAGAGCUACGAAGUUUGUUUUGGAUGACAAAUGGGCAAAAGAGAGUCAUUCCUAUUUCUGUGCUACUUGUUUUGCUCUUCUACACUACGACGGAGGCUCUCUUAGUUGUGACUUCCCAGUCUAUGAUUAUGUGUAUGAGUAA